CCACGUGAUCGACCAGCAGAAUUCGCGGCGUCCGCCGAAAAUCUAAAUUCGUCCGAGCCGGGGAAGAAGAAGAGACCACCGUCUCGGCCCGCGCGACACGAAACAGCCGCCGUAAAAUAGUUCAUAAUCGCCCGUAGCUUGUGGCGGAUCCAUCGAGGGAUCGCGCGCGCGAGUGUGAAAUCCGCGCGAAACCCCCUUGCUAUCUGCGGUCUUAUUCUCGCACCCUUUAAGAAAAGGGAUAAGAGAGAGAGAGGAAAAAAAUCGCGAAGAAAGAUCUUUUUGCUUCCUCGAAGAGACGAGAGAGCUUCGGCGGCGGCGACGACGACGGCCGAUUCGUCGUGAGAUCGCUCGAGGAACAUGAUUCGCGUGGACGAGUCGGACCCAGUGGGAGAGAUCGAGCCCAGUUUCCCCUACAGAGAUGUGACGAUACGCCGAGGUGUCGAGUUCAAGGACGAUUAUGACAUCCAAUCGGAGCUCGGACGGGGAAAAUUUGGAAUUGUUUAUCGAUGCAAGGAGAAGGCGAGCGGCUUGAUGCUCGCCGCGAAAGUGGUGAACGUCAUGAAGAAGGAGGACAGACGCACCGUGCAAAGAGAAGUCGACAUCAUGCGACGCUUACAGCAUCCACGGUUGAUUCAGCUGUACGACGCAAUUGACGCGGGAAAACAGAUAUAUGUCAUCUUAGAAUUGAUCGACGGCGGCGAGCUUUUUGAGAGAGUGAUAGACGAUGAUUUCGUGCUGACGGAACGCAGCUGCGCUGUUUUUAUGCGGCAAAUUUGCGAGGGCAUAGAAUUUAUGCAUGGUCAGAAGAUUUUGCAUCUCGAUUUAAAACCUGAGAAUAUUCUCUGCCUGACGAAGGAAGGUAAUAGAAUUAAGAUCAUUGAUUUUGGUCUGGCGAGAGAAUACGAUCCGAGUAAGAAGCUGCAAGUGUUGUUCGGUACGCCCGAGUUCGUUGCCCCAGAAGUUGUAAACUUCGAUCAAAUUGGAUUCGGUACUGAUAUAUGGAGCAUAGGUGUUAUUUGUUAUGUAUUAUUGUCCGGUCUGUCACCGUUCAUGGGCGAUACGGAUAUAGAGACAAUGGCGAAUGUUACUAUCGCAAAAUACGAUUUCGAUCACGAGGCCUUCGCGGAGAUCUCGGAAGACGCGAAAGAUUUCAUAAGAUGUCUUCUGGUGAAAGACAAGGAAAAGCGAAUGACGGCGGCGCAAUGUCGGGAGCAUCGCUGGUUGGCCCGAAAAACGAGCAAGACCAGAAGCGAGAAGGAAGUCGCGGAAUUGGCGGCGGCCAAAAGGACGGCCUUCUUCGAGAAUCGUCCUGUCAUAAGCGUCGUCGAUGAUAGAGAGGAACUGGACGUGACCAAGGACAAUCUCAGACUGUUCGUCGAGCGUUGGCGGGAACAUCCGGACAGUCCGUACAUCAUCGACUCGUAUCACGCGUUACCAAGGAAUCCGCUUCGCGAUCGCAACGAGUCCAUGUCUCUGAGAGGUCACAGUCCCUCUCCUUGUGACAGUCUUCGUAGCAGUAGCACGCAAUCAGAGAGGGUGAUGGACUCUACCGCGAAAGAUAAUUCCAGUUAUCUUUUGUCCGUGCCAAGUCUCAGCUUAUCCUUGGAAAGGAGAGCCUCCGAAGGUACGGCAUUGCGAAAUCGUCGCGAUCCUGCCAGUCAGAUUGCCUUGGCUGAAGAGAUCAUUAAGUUGUCCGAGCACCUACGCUCGAUCGCCAUGGGGUCGCGAAUGAAUGAUGGAGACAGCGGCGGCACAGAAGCGCAGCGAAGUUCCGCGAAGAGACCCGGCGAUGUCAGAAAUAAUUGCGAUAUCUACUCGAAGAGCAACGUUAAAGUGUCUGCGUCUCACGUCGAUAAAGAGACCAACGAAAUCACGGAAAAACUGUCCAGCAUCACACGGCAGCGAAAACUCAACGGGACGACCUUUCAUAGUAGCCGUAGUUUCGAUAGGUACAACCUCGACACUAAUCUCGGUAAUUCGGUGGCCCUGAGGCGAACGAGCAUCGGCGACGGCGACACGUCCGAGAGACGUAGGGAUUCGCGAAAGUACUCCCUCGAACGAUCGCCGACAAUCGCCGAGGAGAAGUUCAACGGGGAGAGAAUCAGCAAGAGAUCGUUCGCCAACAAGGAGGACGGGGAAAUGGACUUGACGCCUCCGUGGCGCCAGUCGCGGGUGAAACGAUCCUUCGGUGAGACUAGCAGGGAUGUGCCGCGGAUAUCGAACCUGCGGGACCUGCACAAGAAUCUGAAUCUGGACGAGCCAGGUAGCACCAAGGACCUGCUGUUACAUCUGCUGGGCGAAUGGGAAGAGGCCACCACGACGUCCUGCGUCAGCGGUGGCGGCGGCGGCGGCGGCAGCGGCAGUGGCAUCGGCGCCAGCAGAAAGUCCGUGAGCUUGGAUUGGUGCGCGGCCGACGUGAUCGCUAGGAGGACGAUGAACUCAUUGGCGGAGUACUUCCAGUCGAAGCAGCAGGAAGCGAAGUCUCCCGACGUCGCGUCGUCCACAUCGCCAUCGAUAUAUCGUUGAACAAUACGGACGUCCAGUCCGUACAUGCGGGGAAUGAUUCCUGGAUCGGUCGUGGGCGGAUUAGGAAAAUACGUGACAAUCUUUCUUUCUUCCUUUGAUCCGUAAAAAUUUUUCUUUUCCAAGCGACGCCCGAGCGGCUCAGCGUUAAAAAAUUAAAUUCGAAACAGAUACAACUCUGAUGAAUACUUCUACGCUACACGGAAAGUUAAAUAUGAAUAAUACAGAUGACUUUACAUAAAUGAAGAACUGCGAGAUGAGCGACUGAAAAGUUUAUGAAUUGCUGAUAAAGUCGAGUUUUAAAUUUAUGGUUUAUGUCUCGUAAUUUCCAAGCAAAAUUCUCGAGAGCUUCUGCUGUAGCACCAUCGGCACACCCUCAAUCAAAUAAAUAUUUUUAUACGCAUCAGAACUAAUCUUUAUCAAAAUAUCUAUCGAACGAUUCAACUUGAUCCCUCGCAAACUAAUAAAUCUAUCAAGACGCUUUUAAUAAC